AUGGGUGGCGAUCUCAACCUGAAGAAAUCAUGGCACCCGGUGUUAAUGAGCAACCAGAAACGGGUCUGGGAAGAAGAACAAAAGGCCCUGGAGGAGCGCAAGAAGAUCGAUCAGAUCCAGAAAGAGCGCGAAGAAGAACGACAGAUCCAAGAGUUGCAGGACCUACAGGAGGCAGCCGGCGGCAAGAAGCGACUCAACAGAGUCGAAUGGAUGUACAACGGACCCUCCAAUGGCCAGGCUGGGACUACCGAGGAGAUGGAGGGCUACCUAUUGGGAAAGAGGCGCAUAGAUGGUCUGUUAAAGGGCGAUGAGAAUCAGAAGCUUGAGAAGAACUCCAAUGAGGAUUCUUUCAUGAUGGCUCAGAACGCGAACACCCUGCGCGAUACAGCCUCCAAGAUUCGGGAAGAUCCGAUGCUGGCGAUAAAGAGGCAGGAGCAGGCAGCUUACGAAGCUAUGAUGAACGAUCCGGUGAAGAGAAAGAUGCUGCUGAAGGCAGCUGGGCAGAGUGAACCAUCAUCGGCGGACAGAGAUGCGAAGCGCCGGAAGCACCAUCACCGUCACCACGACGACCGUGACCGGCGGAGAAGGCACAGAUCACGCGACCGCGACGAAGGUCGACAUCGACGACAUCUAUCGCGGGAUCGGGAUUACGACGAUGACAGAUCGAGCAACAUCGGUCAGACCGCAGGCGGCGGAACUCUUCUAGCCCCUCUGAAUCGCGGUCUCCUUCUCCUCGCCGAACAAGACGAUCCCCGUCUCCAGACCGACGGAGGCGAUCGGACUCGCCCGACUACCGGAGACGGGACAGAUCACGGUCGAGAUCACCAUAUCGUUCAAGAAACGCCGCGGCCCAGAUCUCCCAUUAGUCACCAGAACAACGGAGCGAAAGAGGAUGACAAAGCUGCUCGAUUGGCGGCCAUGCAGCAGGCUGCUACAGAACUGGAUCAACAACGAGAGAAGCGCCUCGCAGAUCUAGCUGUGAAGGACAGAGAAGACCGAGACCAGGACGAUGCAGCCCGGGCGAGGAAUGCGAAAUCUUUUGGAGGCCGUGCUUCCUUUGUCAACGACUAUCACAAGAAGGCCGGUGACAUGAACUUGGGGGAUCGUAUGAAUCGUAACGGUGGCCACGCCAAAGGAUCGGAGGAGGACUGA